AUGACUUGGGGCGGGGUGGCACCUGAUCACUCUCUGCUGCGGGAUGCCGACCCAUGGGCCGACGCCAACGCCCUUCCCAAGCAGGCCGCGGCGGGGGAUCACUCGCGGAUCGUCACGUCAAGGGCGCUCUGCGAGGCGGUGGAGGAGCUGUACUCCGAGAAGGUGUCGCUCGAGGACGAGCUGGCGGUAAUGAAGCGCACCAUGGCGGCGCUGACUCAGCAGCACUUCCACGACCUGCGCCGCGCGCGCGACGCCGCGCACCCCUCCCCGCGCGCGACCGCCGCCGGCGCGGGCCCGUUCCAGCAGCUAUCCCCCAGGGCCGCGGCGGCGGCGGCAGGCGGGCAGGCGCGGCGGGAUUCGGAGGAUCGAACGGGCUCUCACGGCCAGCAGGGGGCCGGCGAGUCGCCGGUAGCUGCGCACAGGCUGGAGAUUCAGCUGCACCAGCAGGAGCGGCAAAUCGCGGAGCAGGCUGCAAAGCUGGAGGCGCAGGCCAAGCAGAUGCGCGCCCUGACCGCCGACCUAGACACCGCGCGCGGCGCCAGCCGCGAGGCGCAGGCCCGCGCCGACGCCGCCGCCAGGGCCGCCGACGCGCGGGCCGCGGCCGCGGAGCGGCGCGCGGAGGAGCUCGCCGAGGCGGCGGAGGCGGCCGAGGCGGACGCCAAGGCGGCGCGCAGCGGCGCGGACAGCGCGGGGUCCAGGGAGGCCCGCCUGGCCGCUGAGCUGGCGGCCCUGAGGGCUGAGGUGGCGGAGGCGCGUGACGCUCGGGCCAGGGCGGCAAAGGCGGAGGGGCUGUCAUCGCGCGAAAGAGAGAAGCUCGAGUCUGAGCUGCGGGCGGCGCGCGCGGACGCGUCGCGGCUGGCGGGCGAGGCGGCGGCUGCCGAGCAGCUGCGGCGGCAGCUGGACGAGGCGCGGCAGGAGCUGGAAUCCAGCAAGGGGCAGGCUGACGAGGUGGACUACCUGCAACAGCAGCUGCGCCGCACGCUGCGGCAGGUGGUGGAGCUGCAGCGCGACGUGCAGGCGCUCAAGGCGGCUAAGGGCAGCGCCGGCGGCUUCGAGGCAGCUGCCAGGGAGACCACCUCUGAAAACGAGUUCCUCAUGCAGGCGCGUCGGUCUCCCUCGUUUUCGAUUCACUUUCGAUCAGCUCGCCCCGCCUCGACGCGUGGCGGUGGUGUGUGA